AUCAUACUACUAUUCAAUUAUCUCUCAAAUUUUCAGAAGCUUUGAGACUUUUGGAAAUCAAAGUUCAUUCUUAUAUAAUAAAUAAAAUGUAUCGUAAAAUAAUGGAUGCUUUUAGUGAACAAAAUGUAUCUUUAUAUUGUGCUACUAAAAAACUAUCGAGUCUAAUAUCAAUUGACCCAAUAUGGAUUGAUUGUUGUGUGAAAAGUUGUUGUGCUUUCACUGGAAAUUUGAAAAACCUACAGGAAACCUA